AUGACCGAUGAGCGAUGCAAGGAGAUCUACACAGAGCUACGAGAUCUGUCGAGGACUGGCUACAAGAACCCAGACGGCAGCCCGCGCCUACAUAGAGACCCUUCAAUCGAAACCAAGGUCCAAGCGCGCAUGGAGGUUUUGCUCCCAAAUCAUGUAAGGAUAUCCUCGUACAAACUGGUUAUGAUGAAUACGCUGACUUUGUACGCUAUGAUGCAGGACAGCCUAGAGAAGUACAAAGCCUGGUGUCGUGAGAGGACCAAGCUCAGUCGACAGCUUCCAGAGCCUGCAAGCGCCGACGAGAUCAUCAAGGCCAUAGGAGAAGUGGACUUACUCGACCCAAUUUCACGCGGAAACCUAUGCGACCUACUCGGGACCGACUUGUACUCUCAUAUCGACAUUGGAACGUAUGGCAAGUACCACUACUGUCUGAGGUCAGACCUAUUCCAGUUGAGGCCGGAAGAUCACGACAUUGAUUGGAACGACGAACGCGAGCCGAUGCCUAGUUGUAUCCUUGGUAUCAACCUGUCGAAGACAGUUCCGUGGACGGGAGACAGACGUAAGGAGCACAGCUCGGACGAGUCUGGUAGCAGCAACAUCUCCACUGGUAACGAUGGCACCGGGUUCGUAUUCAUGCAACUAGGCAGAGUGUGCUACCUCGAUGACUCCAGAAAGCAGAAGUACCACAACGACAGCAAGUUCCCCAUACAGAUGCCGUGGUUGGACUCCGGCUUCGUUCUCGUUGUAGUAGUCCGAGACGACGGAAGUGCGGGAGCCCCGUGGCUGCUAUUCAACUUCACGCCAGUACACGAACUGGAGGGCAACCGGUUCCGCAUCCCGCAGACUGACGACGAGUGGGGGACGCUUCCAGGCUCUGGUAACCAGUAUGUUGCCGUAAAAAUUGGGGAGGAUAUUGGUGAGCUCGGAUUUGACAAGCAAUGGGUCAUGACGAGCCGGUUCGGUGAUGACUACAAUCCCCAGCUUGUCGCUGUGGUAAAUACGUCAUCUACCUCGAGAGGAAAGCUCGUGCGACAGAAGAUCUUUGAGGAGGGUCGUUGA